AUGGCGAUUAACCCUGGUGCCAAAUUCAAGGUAACAAAGUUCCACGAAAUAGGUAAUUUCAGAUUACAGCAAAGGAGGGUUAAUGAUCUGUUGACUCAGCAAAGUUACAGAAGGUGUUGCGUGAGAUGAAGGUGUUGCCAUGAUGUGAGCGUCAAGCAAGAAAUCUUCAUAGAAGUUUGAUAUUCGCCAAGGCGGAUAUUGUUCAGUAUGACUCAUAUAUGGACACAAAAUAGGAGCAUGGGGCAGGAAGCUAAGCUGGUGAAGCACCCUUUGCCCCUGCUCUUGCGUUUGACCCAAACACGUGUUAGGCCCGUCUAUUUGUUGUGGUGGGCGUCUUGGGGUGCUGGGGCGAUAGCUACACGGUACAAUUCAGGAGUAUUGUUGUAAGAUGAAACGUAGUACUAUAUAAAUGACUUGUAACAGUGUAAACCCUAAUUCACUCAACUAAUAUACAACACUAUAGCUUAUAGCUGUCCUAGAGGCGCUGAGGUAGGCAUAAUUAACCAAACCGGUCUGAGAAUUCUCUUCAUGGUGAUGCCAAAGGUUUUGGAAAAAAUCUGUAUUCUUUCUGCUCUUCAUGUAUUCCAGGAGUUAUGAACCCACACGCGAGAAUUAUACAACAAUGGAACAAGUUGUUGGACAUAUUUUGCUUGGUCGCAAUUCUUGUUGAUCCUUUAUUUUUGUUCUUAUUCUAUGUGAACAAAGAUAAAUGUAUUGUUAUCAAUUGGAGAAUGGCAACAACACUUGUUGUAAUUAGAAGCAUAAUUGAUAUCAUGUGUUUCUUGAACAUUCUUAUCCAAUUUAGGUUGGCUUAUACUUCUCCUUUGUUUAAUGUGGUUGGUGCUGGAGAGUUAGUUGACAAUCCUAAGAAAAUUGCUCUUAAUUACCUUAAGAAUUACUUUUUCUUCGACUUACUUGCUGCAUCACCUCUUCCUCAGAUUAUCCUAGCAAAUUCCUUGGGGUCUUCAGGUGCAAAUUAUGCGAAGAAUCUUCUACUUAUAGUGAUCUUUGCACAGUUUGUUCCGAGAUUAUUCAAAUUUUUGCCUCGGCUAUUUGGCAAGUCUCCAAUCCGAAUCAUAUUUGUGUCAGCCUGGGCAAAUUUAAUUAUAGCUCUUCUUAUUUUUCAUGUUGUUGGUUCAUGCUGGUACGUCUUUGGUCUACAGAGGGUUAACCAAUGUUUACGAGAUGCCUGCCAUCAUUCUAAUCUACUAGGAUGCUCGUACUUGAUUGAUUGUGAUUCUAAAGCGGGGAAUAUAUCAGCCACACUAUGGAGUAAAGAUAAGGGUGCUGAUGCUUGUUUAAACGCCACAUCUGGUGCUUUUUCUUAUGGAAUCUAUGCAAAUGCUAUACCACUUACUAUAGAAACUAAGGUGAUCAACAAAUAUGUGUAUGCACUCUUUUGGGGAUUCCAGCAAGUCAUGACUCUGGCUGGUAAUCAAACUCCAAGCUAUUUUGUGUGGGAAGUCCUCUUUACAAUGUCCAUCAUAGCAUUGGGACUCUUGCUUCUAGUGCUUCUCAUCGGAAACAUGCAGAGCUUUAUUCAGUCUCUAGGCAAGAGGAGCCUAGAAAUGAUACGUAGAGGCCGUGAUGUUGAGCAAUGGAUGAGCCACCAUCGCGUACCAGACGAUCUCAGAAGGAGAGUACUACUGGCUGAAUGGGAUAGUUGGCAUAAUGUUCCUGAGAGAACGGUUCUCGAGAAUUUGCCAAAAAAUCUCCAGAUAGAUCUACGACGUCAUAUCUUCAGAUUUGUUAAAAAAGUUCGAAUUUUUUCCCUGUUGGAUGAGGAUGCGCCUAUCUUAGAUGUCAUUCGUGAGCGACUAAUACGUGCGAUGUACAUGAGAGGAGAUAAAAUUUUGAGUCAGGGUGAUCUUGUACAUAAAAUGAUGUUUGUUGUGCGUGGAAAAUUGGAGAGCAUCAGAGCAGAUGGAAUUCAAGUUUCUCUAUCUGAAGGGGAUGUUUGUGGUGAAGAGCUUCUAAUACGGUUUCUUGAGCAGUCUUCUGAAAGAAAAGAAGGUAAAAAAGUAAAGAUUCAAGGACAGGACUUAAUUAGUGACAGAACAGUAAAUUGCUUAACCAAUGUGGAGGCAUUUUCACUCGAAGCUAAAGACAUUGAAGAAGUCACAACUCUUUUUUCAAAACUCUUGCGGAGCCCUCAUGUUCAACAAGUCAUAAGGUAUGAAUCACCUUAUUGGAGAUCCCUUGCAGCAACGAGAAUUCAGGUUGCAUGGAGAUACAGGAAGAAGCGUCUAAGGCCAGCAAAUACCACACAAAAUGAUUAUCAAACAUUGAGGUAUGAAUCGCCUUAUGGGAAAUCACAUAGAGUAAGCAGAAUUCAGGUUGCAUGGACAAACAGGAAGAAGCAUCUAAGACGAGCUAAUACCACACAAUAAUUAUCAAACAUUGAAAUUAUAGACUGUACUCUAAUGUUUGAUUCACUAAACUUUGCCAUGAACUUUAUUGUUUGUAAUCUCUAGUCCUCGGAAUAGAGUAGUGAUAUGUUUAUAAGGAGUUAUGAAGUACACUACUAGAUAUUCCUUAUUCUAUUUUUUUUUUUUUUUUUUUUUUUUUUUUAUGGAUUUUUCCAAGGAUUUAGGUGUUUAAGUAAUACCUUCGUGAGUAAAUGAUUCCUGUGAACUUUGAAAUCCUCUUAUAAUUUUCUACGUAAUUAUCUGGAGGAAACGUGAAAAUAUCUGUAAGAAACUUGACUGUUGAUUGUAGUUUUUAAGUGUUUUUCGUACUAAGUUUCCU